GUUUGGAGUUGGCAUCUCGUGGGACAAGGGGCAGUUCGCAGUGGAUGUUGACCUACAAGCGGUGAUUGUGGAUCAGAAAGGAGUCAUCAUCGAUGCAGUGUAUUACAAUAACAUGAAGGCCUUGAGGUGCAUAACCCACUCCGGUGAUGAGCAAACUGGUGAGAGAUCUGGUCUGGAUGAAACUGUCUGGAUAACGAUGCAACGAAUUCCAGAGCAGGUGAAGAUUUUUCUGUUCGUCGUCGCAGCCCAUAAUCGUGGUCACUUGCGAGACGUUUCAAAUGGUGUCAUCCAUGUGCUGGAAGACACACAGCAAAACGUGGUGGCGACCUAUCGAAUGGAGCAGAGUCCCAAAGAGGUCGAUGCAGUCCUCAUGAUGGUGAAGUCGGAUCAAGGAGAUUGGAAUCUGCGAGUCCUGGACUCCCCCGCUCAAGAAGGUAGACAUUUCAUGGACAUCUUGGAGCCCACCAUUGGAAAUUUUAUACGGGAGGUGAUUCCUGGUGCACCAAAACGGCAGAAGGUGGCUUUUGCUAUGGAAAAAGGCGCAGUGGUUGAUUUGCCGCAAGCGUCCAGUCUUGGCAACGUGACCGCUGGCUUGGGCUGGGAUGUGGCCAAAGGCAUGGGCACCGAUGUAGACCUUGAUGUCUCCGUGGUGUUCUUCGGAAAAGACCCGAAUCCUUUGGGAGCAGUAUUCUUCGGGAAUCAGGAGCAAUGGGGUGUGAAGCACAGUGGUGACAAUCUCACAGGAGAAGGGAGUGGCGAUGAUGAAGUGAUCAAUGUCGAUUUGUCGCUGAUUCCGGAACAUGUGGAGCAGAUGUUUUUCUGCGUGAACAUCUACACUCCGAAGGUGACUUUUGAUCAGGUUUCGAAUGCCUAUUGUCGAAUGUGCAGUCAGGAUGGUUCAGAGCUGGCCCGUUACGUUCUUCGAGAGGCACGUGGAGAGACUGGCUUGCUGAUUGCUCGCCUCUUCCGCGAGCCCGGCAGCCGCUGGGGCUUCCAGGCCAUUGGCACAUUCUGCCGCGGAAAGACGUGGAAAGAUUCUGUGGGAGAAAUGAGACCUUUGGUCCAGCAAUCAGCACGACAGAUCCAGAUGAUCACCAUGGCGUCAACUGCAGAUCUGGGACAUUCUGCUGCAGCAGGCAGCCGUGACCAGCCCAUCAUGGCCACU